CCUUUAACUACACUCCAAGCCGCUCGUUUCAGCGACUCAAACCUAGACAUUUUCUCUUAGUAUUUCUGACUAGCUAUCGUUCAUAACAUAAUGAAUUACAUCCAGCUUGAGAAGUUAGGUGAAGGGACGUAUGCAACGGUGUACAAGGGUCGCUCACGCACAACGAACGAAAUCGUCGCCCUCAAAGAAAUUCAUCUUGAUGCUGAAGAAGGCACUCCAUCCACCGCCAUCCGCGAAAUCUCACUCAUGAAAGAGCUCAAGCAUGUCAACAUCGUCCGCCUCCACGAUGUCAUCCAUACCGAGACCAAACUCGUUCUCAUCUUCGAGUACUGCGAACGCGACCUCAAGAAGUACAUGGACGCUCACGGCGACCGCGGCGCGCUCGAUCCACACACAGUGCGCAGCUUCAUGUACCAGCUGCUGAUGGGCACGGCGUUCUGUCAUGAAAACAGGGUGCUUCACCGGGAUUUGAAGCCGCAGAAUUUGUUGAUCAAUCGGAAAGGCGAGCUAAAGUUGGGAGAUUUUGGAUUGGCGAGGGCGUUUGGCGUGCCCGUGAAUACGUUCUCGAAUGAGGUCGUAACACUUUGGUAUCGCGCUCCGGAUGUGUUGCUGGGCUCGAGGACAUACAGCACCUCGAUCGACGUCUGGUCUUGCGGUUGUAUCUUUGCGGAGAUGAUCUCUGGCGUGCCGCUCUUCCGUGGGCGGGACAACUCCGACCAACUCCUACACAUCAUGCGCAUAAUCGGUACUCCGGACGACCGAACAUUGCGCAAGAUUGCAGCCGAAUCACCCGAGAUUCAACUGAAGCAGUGGCCUCGCUACCCGAAGAUGCCAUUCCAGCAAGUUCUCCCCAAGGCCUCGCCACAAGCCAUCGACCUGCUUGAACGUCUACUCCAAUUCGAUCCCGCCAAACGCAUCACCUGCGCCGAAGCUCUUAAACACCCGUACUUCACCGCUCCAACCCAUCAAGGCCCUGCCGGCCCACUUUCCGCCACCUCCCCCAUCGCUCCUUCAAACCUCCCGCAACAACAGCAGCAGCAACAGACUGCAGGCUCCAUGGGCCCUCCACCUGCAGUGGCGGCACAUGCGUACGGUAGUGCCGGUGCCGGCCCUGGAUACGCGCAAGGAGGAGCAGUGUAUUCAAACUCGCAGUUGGCGCAUGCGCAGAUGCAACAGGCUCAAGCUCAGGCUCAAGUCCAGGCCCAAGUUCAGCAGCAGCAGCAGCAGCAGCAGCAGGCGGCUUAUGGACAAUAUCCUGCUGCCGCGGCGGGUUAUAGUCGAUAGGUUGAGGUGAGGCAGCUUGGACUGUCGUGGACUUUGAACACGGACCACUUUCCUCGAACCUCUCAUGACUUCAACGUUGUACAGUUUACACGGCCCCUUUUCUUCCGGCAUUUUCACCUGCGUGUUGUAUUGUCUACUUCCGUCGCCCACUAAUGUCUCGCUACCUUAGCCAUUUUCUCCUUAUUUUGUCUCUUUUUUUCUAUACAUACCAUACUCGAGUCGUCAAACUCGACGUCCACAAGCUCAUCGUUUAUUGUCUACUAUAUACAUACAGUAUCUGCCUCGGUUUCCCAACUCUCGGAACCCGAUGGACACCGGAAUCUGUGUUUCGAACUUCGUUGUAUUUGUUAUGUUCGUCAAUGUGUUUUUAUUAUGACCUCCCAGCAUACAUACAAUCUAGAGCGCAUCAUCAUCUU